AAGAGGGAGUCGUGAGCGCGAGGGCGUGGGCGCGAGGCGGCUCCGCUGCGCAUGCUCCGGGUGGAGAGCCGCCAUCUUUCCGCUAGUGCUACCGGUGAGGUUUGGCUUCCAGCGGAGCGACGCUGCUGCUCAUCCCGCACCAGGAAACACCGAGCGGCUCACUAUCCUUCUCCUCUACGAACCUCCAACAGUCCGCGCCGGAGCACCAUGGCAGACAAAGACAACCUGGUGUACAAAGCCAAGCUGGCCGAACAGGCGGAGCGAUAUGACGAGAUGGUGGAGUCAAUGAAGAACGUGGCAUUUAAGCAGGUGGAGCUGACGGUGGAGGAGAGGAACCUCCUGUCAGUGGCUUACAAGAAUGUGAUCGGUGCACGGAGAGCCUCAUGGAGGAUACUCAGCAGCCUGGAGCAGAAGGAGCAGAGCAAGGGCGGAGAAGACAAGCUUAAAAUGAUCCGGGACUACAGGAAAACGGUGGAGCAGGAGCUGAAGGACAUCUGUGAGGACAUUCUGGACGUUCUGGAGAAGUGUCUUAUUCCCAUCUCAACCACUGGAGAGUCCAAAGUCUUCUACUACAAAAUGAAGGGUGACUACCACCGGUAUCUGGCAGAGUUCACAGUGGGCAACGACAGGAAGGCGGCAGCAGAGAACAGCUUGGUGGCGUACAAGGCAGCCAGUGACAUCGCCAUGACAGAGCUGACCCCCACACACCCCAUCCGCCUCGGCCUGGCCCUCAACUUCUCCGUCUUCUACUACGAGAUCCUCAACUCGCCCGACCGGGCCUGCCGUUUGGCAAAGCAGGCAUUUGACGAGGCCAUUGCAGAGCUGGACUCCCUCAGUGAGGACAGCUACAAGGACUCCACACUCAUCAUGCAGCUGCUACGCGACAACCUGACACUAUGGACCUCAGAUAUGCAGGGGGACGAGGAACAGAACAAGGAGCAACUGCAGGACACGGAGGAUGAUGCCCAGUGAGACCGACCCCCUCCUCCCCCUCCUCUCUCUCUCUCCCUCCCUUUUUCUCUCUCUAUCCCCGUUUCUGUCUCUCUCUCUUUCUCCCUGGGGUUCGCUUCUGUGCCCCCACAUGCACGUCCCACUUCUCCAAACCCCACGUCAAGCUCCUCUUUUUUUUUUCUCUUUUUUGGGAUGAAUUUUUUCUUUUUUGCCGUGUUUUUUUUUUUUUUCCCCCUCCUCCUUUUUUUUAAGACUUCGCUUUCAUUCGCGGUUUCGUCCGUUGCCAAGCUUGCCUGUAUUAAACCCCGACUUUAUUUAAGGAUUCCCCUUCGCCCAUCUCCGCUAGCGUCGCCAUGAACCGCCACACACUACUCACUUCUGUCUUCGGAGAUUGCAGACGAUGUCUUUUAGGAAGAACCAAGUGCCCUGUUUACUUUGACCACACUGAUGGUAGUUUUUCUUUUUUUUUCUUUUUUAUAAUAUAUAUAUAAGCGCCGAUUGUCCGAAUGUCCCCCUGAUCGUGUCCUCUGUCCACCGUGGACCAAGCGUGGAGGCUGUUGCCGCUUUUUGCUAAUGGCAGGUAGUUAGCUUUUUUAGCGUGUGUAUGGGACGCUCAGUGAUUGUAAAGAAAGCAGCGGUGGCAUUACAGUUUGGGAGUGUGAGUACCGCCUGCCAGCGUCACCUCCAUCUGAUUUGUACUACUGGAAACUCAACAGAGCCACAGUCCCACCUGUAUUCUUACUGACAGCAUGGAAUCAACAUUAAAGUUUAAAUUGAGAAAA